CCCUAGCCCUCUGGAAGCAUUCCCAAAUCCCAGCCCAGUAGCCACCGCUGUCGCCGGGGUUUUCAGAUCGUCAGCGCCACCGCCGCCGCCUGGUCUCUUCCCCCAUUCAUUCAUCUCAGUCUCACACUCUCACUAACCCUAGCCCUCUAAAGCAUUCCCAAAUCCCAGCCAAGUAGCCACCGCCGUCACCGGGGUUCUCAGGUCGUCAGCGCCACCGCCGUCGCCUGGUCUCUUCCCCCAUUCAUUUAUCUCAGUCUCACACUCUCACUAACCCUAGCCCUCCGAAACAUUCCCAGCCCAGUAGCCUGUGGUCCUCAGGUCGUUAGCGCCACCGCCGUCGCCUGGUCCUUAGCACCGCCGCUUCGUCUUUGCUGGCCACUCACUUCGUCUUUGCUGGUCUUCGCUUCGUCAGCACCCAGAUGGAAAGUUUGUUGAAAGAAAUUCAGACCAACAAAAAGAAAAGAAAAGUAAGUUUUGGUGAAGAGGGUGGUGAUGAGGUAGAGGAUGCAAUUGAUGAGGCAAUAGCUCAAGAAGAAUAGAAACAGCAGCGUACUUCGAAUCAGCAAGGAGUUGGAGGUGAUCCAAAGAAAAAAGCCAAAGUCAUUCCUCCUAUGUUUGUACCAAGAACAACUCCAGGAGCUCAACCAAGUAUUAAAAGUGUUUUACAAAAUAAAGAGGCGAUACACGAGGUUGAUAAACAGUUUGUUCGGUGGCUUUUGGAUUGUAAAAUUCCGUUUAAUGCUGUGAUGACGCCAUUUUUCCAGAUAUUAUCAACUCAAGAUGGGACAAGCAUUUGAAGAAAGAUCUUCAUGCGGCAGCUUACUUCCUGAAUCCUAAAUUCUUUUUUAAUGAAAAUUAUAAAGAAGCACCUGAUGUCAUGCGAGGUUUGCUUGAUCUUGUUAUCUUGUAUUGCAAGUGUAACAAUUUGGAUUCAGUUCAGGCAAUGAAAGAAAUACAUUUAUAUAGAGAUCGGAAGGAAAGUUUUGAUAGACAAGAAGCUAUUCGAGCUGCAUCUGAACUUAUGCUUGAUGAAUGGUGGAGGUUAUUCGGAGGCUCUGCUCAAUGUUUACAAAAGAUAGUUGUUCGCAUUCUUAGCCAAGCAUCUGCUUCUUUUGGGUGUGAGAUAAAUUGGAGUCUUUUUUACCAGAUUCAUACAAAAAGAAGAAAUAGAUUGGAGCAUGAUAGACUGAAUGACAUUGUUUAUGUUACCUAUAAUUUGCGUCUUAAAUCCAGGAAGGAAAAAGAAAAAAGAAAGCAAAAGACACAAUUUGAUGCAAUUAAUUAUGAAAGCAUCAGUCAAGUUGACUUUUGGGUGACUGAAGAGAUUGUAGAGAAAGAGCCCGAUCUUCCUAGUAAUGUGGAUGACUUAUUGCGUGAAAUUGAUGCUGAUUUAUAUCAAAAUGACGGUGGUAGUAGUGGUCUUUAUGCUGCAUCUCUUGAUUCUUCUACUCAACAGGAUGAGAAUGAAGGUGAAGAUCAUCCCACUGACGCAGAUCAUCCCACUGACGCAGAUUUGCAACAAGUUCUUGCAGAUUUUGAUGACUGA